AUGGAGAAAGGUUGGCGCAUUUCAGAGUACCUUUUUGCGACUAUGGGCCCUGGAGAUCGAGGGCCGAAAACCACGGAAGACCGGUGCGCACCGCUUGAGCCCACCGGCAUAAAGAAAUGGCUAGUGGACAAUACAAUGCUGGUGAUAACAUUAAUUGGCGUCUUAACAGGAAUUUCUGUUGGUUUCGGACUUCGUCCGUAUCGCCUAGGACCAGAUACACUGAUGAUUAUUUCUUACCCGGGCGAAAUUUUCAUGAGGCUAUUGAAAUUGAUGAUUUUGCCGCUAAUCAUAGCUAGCCUGAUAGCUGGUUCGGCCAGUCUGAACGCUAAAAUGAGUGGGAAGAUAGCAGUCAGGACCCUUCUAUACUUCAUUUUAACGUCGCUUUUCAAUGCAUUCCUGGGCAUUGUUCUUGCUCUGUUGAUACACCCGGGUGAGCCGGAGCUAAGAGAUUAUACAAAUGUUGUACCGAACAAAAGGGAUCAUAAUAUCCUGGACAGCCUCUUUGAUAUUGGUCGGAAUAUAUUUCCGGACAAUAUCGUUCAAGCAACUUUCCAACAAGCGCACACAGUGUAUACUCAACCAGUAUCCGUGGAUGGCAUAAAUUCAACUGAUAAUGACACGGUACCGGCGCUCGUCAGGGUGGUAUCUUAUAGGUCAGGCACAAACACCCUGGGCUUAGUGUUCUUCUGCCUGGUAUUCGGCAGCCUUCUCGGAAGCUUAGGGCCUAAAGGGCAAGUGGUGAUAGAUUUCUUCCAGGCAAUCUUCGAGGUGAUUAUGAAGAUGGUAACCGGUGUUAUGUGGUUCACCCCGUUUGGUGUCAGCAGCAUUAUUGCCGGAAAAAUAUUAGGGGUCCGUAAUGUUGCGCAGGUAAUAUCACAACUGGCGUGGUUCAUCUUGACGGUGACCAUUGGCGUGUUCCUGUACCAGCUGGUCGUAAUGCAGCUAAUAUAUUUCGUGUUUCUGAGACGGAAUCCCUUUAAAUUCUACUGGGGAUUGUCCAACGCGAUGCUUACGGCUUCAGCUACCGCUUCCACCGCCGCAGCUCUGCCAGUGACUUUUCGUAGUAUGGAAGGCCGUUUACAAAUAGACCCUCGGAUCACCCGCUUCGUAUUGCCAAUUGGUUGCAAUAUCAACAUGGACGGCACGGCGCUAUUCCUGACUGUCGCCAGUCUAUUCGUGUGUCAGAUGAAUGAUAUACAUCUUGGCUUUGCUCAGUUAGCUGCUGUUUUACUAGCGUCGACGGCAGCCUCGCUGUCGUCUGCGUCGGUGCCGUCGGCGGCGCUGGUGCUGCUGCUGGUGGUGCUGGCGACGGUUGACGCGCCCACGCACGACGUGUCGCUGCUGUUUGCCGUCGACUGGCUGGUGGAUCGAAUUCGAACUACUAAUAACAUGCUGGGCGAUUGCUAUGCAGCGGCAAUCGUGGAACAUCUCUCGAAGAAAGAGCUGAUGGCUUGUGACGCUGCUCUGACGGACCCAACGGAAGCGAAUGGUUUGCUGCAGACAUCGAGCACUGAAGUGGAUUUGGAGAUAGUAACUCCUGGCGACAAAUCUAUAGCAUCGGAUGACGUCAUCAUCGACAUGCAUUUACACAAUAACCCGAGUUCACCCAAUAAUAAGGUUUAG